AUGGGUAUUCUCAAGCAUCUUGUCACUAUCGUAGCCCUGACGUCCUCGGUCGAAGCCGUCGUGCCCGCCAUACCCGGAUUCAAGUUGACAUGGAGCGAUGACUUUACCGGCCGCAAGUGGCUUCCGCCGCGGAGGAGCGAGUGGAUCACCGACGUCGGGACAAGCUAUCCUGGAGGGCCUGCCGCCUGGGGAACGGGAGAAACACAAGUCUACACGAGCAGUGUUGCCAACGUGCGGCAGACGGGCCGCGGGGCGCUCGAGAUCGUCGCGCUCAAAAAGGGGACUGGAUGGACCUCGGGUCGCAUUGAGACGGUGCGCAAAGACUUUAUAGCUCGGCCCGGCGGCGCCAUGCGCAUCCAAGCCCGGAUGGCCUUGCCGCUCGUGAGCCAACCCGCCGGUUACUGGCCGGCAUUCUGGACGCUGGGCGCGGCUUACAGGGGCAACUAUACCAACUGGCCGUCCAUUGGUGAAUUUGACAUCUUGGAAAGUGUCAAUGGUGUCAACAAGGCCUACGGCGGAAUGCAUUGCGACGUCAACCCAGGUGGCUUCUGCAACGAGCCAAACGGUCUGGGCGGCAACAUGGCAUGCGCCGGCACGGCGUGCCAAGGAAACUUUCACAUCUACACGCUCGAGGUGGACCGCACCGGCUCCGUUGAGGCCGCGCGCUGGUUCCUCGACGGCGUCCUCUACUGGCAGGUGACCUCGUCACAGAUGUCGGCAGCCGCUUGGGAGAAUGCUGCCCACAAGCCCGUUUUUAUUCUCCUCAACAUGGCUAUGGGUGGCGGAUUCCCUGAUGGAGCAUUUGGUUCAGCCACACCUCUGCCCUCAACCACGUCUGGUGGUGUGUUUACCAUUGACUAUGUCGCUGUCUACAACAAAUGA